UCACCACUUGAUAAAGCUGGAGAAAGAAUAGAGGCCUCCCUGCCUCACUAAUUCUAGAUGGUGGCCUCUUUCAGAGGUCCUGGGUAUUGUCAGUGCCACCCCUGCCAGAGUUGUCAGUGUUGUUUUUAAUGCAUCAGGAAACCCAACAGGAGAAGAGCCUGGAGGAGGAGUAGACAACCUUUGGGUGGUUUUCGUAAACUACUCAGUUCAGUGUGUUUCAUGCACCUGCUGUUUGGGCCCCCGACUGCGUUUGAAUUCCUGAGAUUGGGUGGAUGUUUAACCAUAGUUCGUAGCCAGGAGAGGCCUCCCCUAGUUCCCAGUCCACUCCCAUUUGAGCUUCACUGGCUCUUUUGAACAGAAGCCUUUCUCAGCUUUUACUUGGUUCAGUGAGCAAGGUUACUGUUCAAACACGCGGCUGCAGAGCUGUGGGGCUCAUCUCUCUUGGCUUUUCUCCUACGUGCACCUCAAGCUGUGGCAGAGAUAAUACUCAGCAGGAUUAAACUGCCCCUUCACUGAUUAUUUGGUCUUUGCCUGGCCGAGGGACUCAAAGCAAGAGGAGGGAGACAUGCAGAUAUGUUGCAGCAUAUUCAAGAAAGAAGAAUAUUAGGAUGGAAGACACUAAAAUGGACUCGCCUGACAGCAAUAAAGUGCAAGAUAAGAAAAUUGCCCCGAACCGUUCCUCCUCUGCAGUUACAGGACAAAACAGCAGCCACUCAGGAAACAAACCAGACCCCCCACCAGUGCUUCGGGUUGAUGACCGGCAGCGGCUGGCCCGGGAGCGUCGCGAGGAGCGGGACAAGCAGCUAGCUGCACGAGAAAUUAUCUGGUUGGAGAGAGAAGAGCGCGCCAGGCAGCACUAUGAGAAGCACCUGGAAGAACGGAAGAAGAAGUUGGAGGAGCAGAGACUGAAGGAGGAGCGGCGGAGGGCAGCGGUGGAGGAGAAGCGCCGGCAGCGACUGGAGGAGGACAAGGAACGCCAUGAAGCUGUUGUCCGGCGCACGAUGGAAAGAAGCCAGAAGCCAAAGCAGAAGCCUAACCGAUGGUCAUGGGGAGGCCCUCUGCACGGGGGCCCUGGCAUCCACGGCACAGAUCCAGACAGGCGGUCAGUUUCCACCAUGAAUCUUUCGAAACAUGUUGAUCCCGUCAUUAGCAAGCGGCUCUCCUCCUCAUCUGCAACUUUGCUAAAUUCUCCAGAUAGAGCUCGCCGCCUGCAGCUCAGCCCGUGGGAGAGCAGCGUUGUUAACAGACUCCUGACGCCCACACACUCGUUCCUGGCCAGAAGUAAAAGCACGGCUGCCCUGUCUGGAGAAGCAGCUGCACCCCUGGCACUCUUGUGUGUAAAACCAAUGCCCUGCACCCUAGUCAUCCCCAUUUGUCCUCGUUCAGCAUCUUGCAGCCCCAUCUCCAUGCCCUCCAAAGCCGCACACUCUAGACAUCCGGUGGAUCGACCAAAACUCUUUGUAACGCCAUCCGAGGGCUCUGCACGCAGGAGGACCAUUCAUGGCACGGCGGGCUCUAAGAGAGACAGAGAUCGAGAGAACAUCCCCUUCCACCUCACACCCGGCGUCCGACGGGCUCUGUCUCCAUCGAAUCCCAAAGCGAGGUCGCCGACUUCCUACCAACUUCGGCUCCCGUCCAAGUCCUUUCCUCACUUGCCCGGCACACCGCGCCCAGCAUCCUCCCUACCUCCUGGCGCCAUCAAAGCUGCUCCCGCUCAGGUCCGGCCCCCUUCCCCUGGCAACAUCCGCCCUCUCAAGAGAGAAGUCCGAGUGGAGCCUGAGAAAAAAGACCCCCAGAAGGAGCCUCCGAAAGUUGCCAACGAGCCUGCACUGAAGGGCAGAACACCUCUAGUGAGGGUGGAAGAAGCCACGGUUGAAGAGGGGACACCUGGCGAGCCAGAAGCCGACACUGCUGCUCCAGCUGAGGCACCAGCUCCAGCCGCGGGCCCAGCCGAGGCCCCCGGCCCGGCCGCCCCUGUGACGGCCACUGCUUCUCCCAAGACGUCCGCAGGCACCACCGACCCGGAAGAGGCCACCCGUCUGCUAGCUGAGAAGAGACGGCUGGCCCGAGAGCAGAGAGAGAAGGAGGAAAGGGAGAGGCGGGAGAGGGAAGAGCUGGAACGACAAAAGAGAGAGGAACUGGCUCAAAGGGUGGCCGAAGAGAGGACGCGCCGCGAGGAAGAAUCCCGGCGGAUAGAAGCCGAGCAAGCCCGGGAGAAGGAAGAGCACCUGCGGCUCCAGGCUCAAGAGCGGGAGCAGCGCGAGCGGGAGGAGAUGGAGCGUGUGCAGAAGCAGAAGGAAGAAGAAGCUCGUGUUCGCGAAGAAGCAGAGCGCGUCCGGCAGGAGCGGGAGAGGCAUUUCCAGCGGGAAGAGCAGGAACGCCUGGAGAGGAAGAAGCGACUUGAGGAGAUUAUGAAGAGGACCCGGAGGACAGACGCCACAGAUAAGAAAACCAUUGAUCAGAGAAAUGGUGAUAUCCUCAGGGGAGCUGUCACCGGAGGAACAGAGGUGUCUGCACUUCCAGGCAUGACAAACUCUCCAGGAAAUGGAGCACCAGUGCCCAGCCCGCUUGUGGUCACCUCACACCAGUCGAAAGUGACCAUGGAUAGCACACCCAAUUUGGAAAAACAACCAAAUGAAAAUGGAGUCUCUGUUCAAAAUGAAAAUUUUGAAGAAAUUAUAAAUUUACCCAUUGGAUCUAAACCAUCCAGAUUAGAUGUCACCAACAGUGAGAACCCAGAAAUCCCUUUGAAUCCAAUACUGGCCUUUGAUGAUGAAGCGACACUUGGGCCCCUGCCUCAAGUAGAUGGUGUUCAAACACAACAGCCCGCAGAAGUUAUAUGAGCAUUUCUUCUGAAGAACCAAAGCAGAAAUUUCGUAAGAAUUUCUACAAUUAAUGGAAUUCCUUUCAUGCUAUAAAGGAGCAUCCUGCCCCUCCCCCUCCAGUUUUCUAAGGAUUUCUUGAUCACCCUUUUGAAAAGACUUUAUUAAAACCAGCUGAAGACAACAGACUGGAUAGCUUUUCUAAUAACUUUCGCCAAUAGAAAGAAACGCUCCUUACUCUUCAGUACUUUAAAACAGCUUUUUCCAGUGUGCUCCUUCUUAGCAAAUCAAUAUUUUUCUGCAUCCUUUAAGAAAAGGACAAGAACAUUUCACUCUAAAGAAAUGGGCUGACCAGGCAUGACUUUUCCCUUAGAUAUUUUGGUCUUAAAGGCUUAACAUGUAAAAUUGGCACCGAAAAAAAAAAUUUACCUUUAACCAUAUAAUACUUGAAAAAUAAGUACCUCUUUGCUCUACAAGUAGAGUGACUGGGGGCCAUGUUUAAAUUCAACCUGUUUGUUUAAAUAUGAUUGCGAGGAGCUCUAUUUGUCGAGGCAAAUCUUAGGCAGAUUACCAGGUCCUGGUAAGCGCAGCUUUGCCAUGGAAGCUCUGCGAACGCAGCUGUCACGUUCCUCUUGCACCUCCUUUUACGAAAGCAUACUAACAAGUUUUAAAAUGUGAAAAAAUACAACAUUAUUUUUUCAGAGCAAGAAAAUAAUUUAAUGUCCUCUUAAAUAAUGUAUUUAUAAAGGUUUUCCAGAUAAACAGAUCAAAUAAAUUAGAACACCGUGACCAUACUGCAGAUCUGAUUUAUUAGAUGCGUCCCUUCCAGCGCUCCCACCAGAGAAUGUUACUGACGAUUCAGGGUUCUUUGUGAAGUCUGUAUGUUGCUGCUGUCCCUGGGGACGAUGGGACUUACCUUUGCCUUACCUGAUCGCAAAUUAUGUCGGGGUGGGGGAGGGGGAUAAAGAUUUACUGUUUCUUUAAAUAAAAAAAAAUUGGUUUUGCUCGUUUCAGAGCAAUGAGACAGUGACGGACACAGAGUGUCCUCGCUGGGCGGGCGUCCGUCAGCUUCCCUCUUAGCACCCGUGUCCUUCACCUCUGCCGCUGAGCCCAGCCGUACAAACUUGCACUUUCACUCGCUGACAUCAAUUCCAUUUUAUUUUUCCCAUUUUAAAGAUUGCUAAUGAUGGAAUGUAGGAGGAGAGGGAACGCGUGUUUUUAUGUGGAGUGUUAAAGAUAAAUUUGUACCACUAUAAGGUGUUUUUAUCAAACAAGGGGUUGGUUACUGCAUUCAAUGAUACUUCAUCUAUUGGACUAUUUCUUUUCAAUCCAAGCAUAUGGUCUUAGCUUGUAAUUUGCUAAAACAUUCAUUUGAGUUUUUUCCUUAUUCUCAGUUGUCCAUGUACACAGUCAUUAUAUUAAAAAACAAAAAUCUGUUCAA